CCAACACCAAAAUGGUGUGCAGCUGCCGUGUGAAACCUCAGUCGCAGUCCAACUCUCGCCGCUGAAAGAAGCUCGUACGACUGAAAAACCCCUCAAAGUCCUUAGCGCCAGAAAGAGAAAAAAGAAAAGAAGAUCGAUUGCCUAUCUCAUUUAACUCCCGUCGAAAAAAAAAGUGAAUUCAUUGAUCGAAGAUGAUGGACAUGUCAUCAGUUAUGCAGUCUUCACCUGGCCUACUGAUGGCUCACCACCACCAACAGCAGCAACAGCAUCACCACCAUCAGCAGCAGCAGCAAGCUGUUGCCAUGAGCAUGAUGCAGCAACAAAUGUCGCCCGGAAAUGGCAAGAGUCCCGGCGGAAGCGGCGGCCUCUCCGGUGUCCUCUCCGAUCACAUCAAGCGACCCAUGAACGCCUUCAUGGUCUGGUCGCGUCUGCAGCGCCGCAAAAUCGCCCAGGACAAUCCCAAAAUGCACAACUCGGAAAUUUCUAAACGACUCGGUGCCGAAUGGAAAUUGUUGAACGAAGACGAAAAGCGGCCGUUCAUCGACGAGGCCAAACGUCUGCGAGCUUUGCACAUGAAGGAACACCCGGACUACAAGUACCGACCCCGUCGCAAGCCCAAGCCUAGCAUGGCCAACAAAACAGCGGCCUACUCUUUCCCCAUGCCCUACUCGAUUGGCAGCAUGAACCCGCACCAUCACGCGGCCGCUGCCGGGCUCGAUCCUCUCUCCUGGCUCUCAGCCGCCCAGCACGCCGUCCAGGCCGCCAGCGUCAACUCCACUCUGUCGUCGACCACAACGACGACCAACAGCAUGAGCGCCGCCAACUCUUCGUCGUCUUCUUCAUCAUCGUCGGCUUCGUCGGUGACUCCUUCGCUCGACUUGGACAAGAGUCGCCUCUUCGGCUUCCCUUCGCCGUACGGAUCUCACCAGCAUCACUACUACGGCAUGGCCGGACUCCCGGGAAUGCCAGGACUCGCUGGACUCGCCGGCCUGCCCAAUCUCAACGGCAACAGCAACGGACACCGAAUGUCACCAGACAGCAAUUCGCCCGUCAGCCGAAUGGACGGAUUCGCCAUGAAAGGCUCUCCGUCGCCCGUCACAUCGACGUCAAGCGGCAACGGAAGCAGCAAUGGAAGCAACAACGGAUGCGUAGUCAGUACGUCGGCCGGAAUUCCGCAACAUCAUCAGCAACAACAGCAAUCGCCGGCCGCACUCUAUUCGUCUCUGAUGUACACCAAAGCUAGCGCCGCAGCCGCCGCUUCGUAUCACCAGGCCGCUCAGGCCGCUGCUGCCGCCGCCGGAAUGCAAUAUCCCGUCGCUCCGGCCGGCUAUCCAUCGCUGGAUCAACUCGCUGGGCUUCGAAGACCCGUACCCGUUCUCUACUAAUCCAUCUUUACAAUUUUAUUUAAAAAAAAACACACACACACUCACAAAAAUUUCGCUUCUUUGAAAUUAGCUUGGAGAACCAAAAAAAAUUGAAAUGUGUUUUUUAUCUUUAUAAGGAUUUUUCUGAAGAUGCGAUUUAGAGAGAGAGACAACCCGGUGAUUCGAAUUUUUUUCUAUCUACUGCCGCAUUCAUUCAAAGAAAGUAAAAAUAUUUUCUUCUUCUUUUUCUCCUAAAAAAGGACAAAAAAAACAAACAAAACAAAAAAAAGUGUGUAAAAUCUUUGUCUGUAUUCUUCUUCUCUUUGGCUGCUUUCUCGAGUCCCCCUUUUCGUGUUUCUCUCUCUCUCUCUCUCUCCUAAAAGAACUUACACAUUUGGUAUUCUAACGCGCCGUUAUAUGAUCUUUGAAGAGCAACAUAACACGAAAAGAAAAGAUAUUUCGGCGCCGUUACAUUUUUCUUUUUAGUGCGUAUGCUAUGUCAUAGGCGCUCGCCGUAUAUAGUGUCUCUGUGUGUGCGACUGUUGAGUAGUGAACGCGCGUGUGUGUGUAUGCAUGAAAGGAGUUUAUUUGUUGCUUUGACUGUCGUUUUUUUCUUUAAUUUUCGGUUUCUCUAAAAAACAAAAGCAAAAAAAAAAAAAUUACAUUCGCAGUUCAAAAAAUCUUUUGAUUUUGUGCGUAUCUUAAACAUUUCUCAUUAUCACGAUAGAAAUACCCCCCUAUAUUCUACAUGUUUCCCUGAUUGUCAACUAAAUAAUGUACAUACCGUGUGUCUGUGUGUUCAUAUAAUUACAACGAGUUCUUUAUAAACGGAAAAAAAAACC